UGAAUGAAUCAACAAUUACUAGAAUUUUACAAAAAAGUGAUGAAAUACUUAACAUGGAAAUUUCUAAUCCAGAAGCAAAAAGACAUAAGUCAGUAACUUUUCCUGAACUUGAACUUGCACUUAAAGAAUUUAUUCUAGUUUAUCAAAGUAAAACGAUUUUGAGUGAUGCACUUAUAAUUGAAAAAGCUAAACAGCUAGCAGACAGACUGGAAAUUCCAAGUGGAGCAUUAUCAUUUUCUCCUGGAUGGCUCCAAAAAUUUAAAGAUCGUAAUGGAAUUCGUCAGCAAAAACUUCAUGGAGAAGCAUCAUCAGUUGAUCUAAGUAUUGUUAUUGAUGCUUUACCAUUAUUGAAAAACAA